AUGGAUUGGGAUCGAGCUAAGCAAUUAAUUAGAUCUGGGCAACUAGGUCUAUUGGUCAGGAGUAACGAGUGUACUAGGCGGUAUAGGGAGCAUAAGAAAUCUCUUGGUAAAGUUGAUGUCUCGAGUUUUGUUCUGAACAAGUUGCAAUGGUCAGAGCAGAACCUUGAGUACUUGAAUGAACAAAAAUUCAAGACAAAACAUGAGAAAAUCGAAGCUGCAUUGAGUGAUCGAUCUCUAUACAAAUUGACUAAGAAUGAUUACCCCUACGAUUUCCCGUCAAAUAUUCAUCAUUUACUAAUUUGGUCCAAAAUCAUUCUGCCGUUAUAUGAAGAUGACACUGACGGAGCCAAACAAGUCCCUGAGACUCACGAUCGUAUCGAGGAGUUUCUCAGAAUGAAUCUACAAGAUAAUUUUCAGAUUCCACCUGCUGAUUACUGUUGGUUUGUUAAUUAUUCCUCUUUGCAGAGCAUUAAAAAAAUUUCACAUAUUCACUUACUGAUAAGAACAGACAAUACAGAACUCAUCGAAGAUAAGAUUUUGGGUCAACCGGGGUUGGAACCAUUGCCUAAGUUAGAUGGAACUGAGGAAACGGAAAAAGGUACAGUACCAAACGGAGACAAGGCCGAAAAGGCUAUUGAGGUCGACAACUGA